AUGGAUGCUGACCAGCGAAAAGCCUCCCCAGAUCCAUUUCCCUGGUACAAAAUCUAUGUUCAAGAUUUGUUUUACACCUCAACCGGAUCACUACGAAAUCUACUCCAAUCCGCUUUUCGCAAUCCGUCCGCGGUUACUGGUCGAACGGUCAAUAACAGACAGGAUGUGAUGCAGAUUGUGGACUCGACCACGAAUAUCAUCUCUCCUGAAUCGAACGACAACUCUCAAUCAUCUGCGCUGUGUGAUCCGAACGUUGAGGAGGAUUUACAACUGGGCCAUUUGGGGUCAUCCAUGCUCAGUUUGACCAGUUGGGAUAGCGUGUCCACAUUGAACUAUCCCAUGGGUAAUAAACCGUUGGAUCGGAUCCCCAAUCGCACCUUGUUCAAUGCGACCAGUCGUAAAAGUGGCACGGGCAGUGCAGUUUGGGAGACUGCAAGUCAUUUGGGUGUGAGCACGCAUGAAGAUAUGCGGCGUUCUUUCCGUCUCCCGGUCCGACGUCAUUUACCCGGUCUGUCGGGCGGUGAAUCAGGAUCUAGAAAACUUCAGAAAAAACCGAAGAAGUAUAAACUGGGUGCCAUGUCUCAUUUGUUUCAGCGUCCGUCGAUUGCCAGAGGUUCGGAGGUGGUCGGAGACAGCACUGGUGAUGUUUCUCUGUCUUGUCCACCGCCACCCCAGCCGCAGGCACCAUCUCGACCGUCCACUUCACGACGCGAAAGCCUGCUGCGUGGUUUGUUUUCCCGGUAG